UAAUCUCGCCGCGCGCGGACGUUGUGCGCAUGUGCGAUUGACCGCGAUAUGUGAAAUGUGAUUUCGCGUUCUAAUUUUUAAAUUAUUUCUUUUAAUUUCAAACAUUUAUUAUUUUUAAAUUAUAAAAACCUAGUUUAUUUUUCAAGCUGAGACUUAUUUUUUCCAAAAUGCGUGCUGUGUUUUUGAUCUGUGUGUGUGCGUGUGCCGCAGUAGUAGGACAGGAUAUAAAUGCAAUGAAAAAUAUGCCAAAAUAUGACACUAGAUAUGACUAUUUGGAUGUAGAUGCGAUAUUGGACAGUAAAAGACUGGUGAAGAACUAUGUGGAAUGCUUGGUUAACUCUACGCGGUGCUCGCCUGAGGGAAAACAACUCAAAAGAAUACUCCCAGAAGCUCUGAGAACGAAGUGCGUGCGCUGCACGGAUCGACAGAAGAAGACGGCCGUGAAGGUCAUCAAGAGGUUGAAGUACGAGUACCCGGAGGAGUGGGGAAAGCUGUCGGCCAAGUGGGACCCCACCGGGGACUUCACCAGAUACUUCGAGGUGGUGUUGGCUAAGGACAACUUUAACGGCGUUUUAGGAACAGACACAGCGUCCAGCGCAUUCCCGCAGCCAGUACCAACCGUGCCGACCGUUCCGCCGACCCCGCCAACGCCGGCGCCGACCGCGCCGACCCCGGAACCCUCGCCGCCAACCCUGCCGGCCAGCUCAGGGUUACCUCCAGCUGACGGCUCUACUUCGGCUCGCCCAGUUAUACUUAAUAGGUUCGGUGAUGAAGACGAGCUGGUGACGGGCAGCCCGGCAAUGCAGCCGCCCACCCCGCGCCCCGCCAUGCCUACCAUGAGGCCCUAUCUACCGCCGGUCAUGACUUCCAGACCGACACCAAUGACGUGGGACGGAGCAGCAUCAGACGCGAUGCCGACGCGGUUCCCGCUGCGACCCAACAUGAACCCUGCUUACACCACCGCCAUCACCCUCAUCGACCAGAUCGGAUACAAGAUCAUGAGGACCACCGAGCUGGUCACCGAUAUACUGAGGAAUACUGUGAGGGCUGUAGUCGGACGGUAGACUGAGUCGUGUAGUCUGUAGUUUUAAGGAGUGGAUCUUAGAGUGGUAUUGCUGGUUUUUAAACCUCCCAAAGCAUAGAAUAAACAAUACUACAAGUAUAGAAGGGACACUCCGUCCUGUAAGUCACGGGACAUCCGAAUUGCGUAGCCCUAUGCGGAGAACGCGUGAUUUGCAUCUUAGUAGAAAGAGGUUGGAAAAGCCCUAACGCGCAUUUUGUAUGAGAACCGCUGUCGCCAGUUCAAUCCUCUGGGUGAGAGCUUUUCUAUUUAAUUCUGCCUCAAGUAUGUACAUGCUAGCCACUAGGCAAUGUUACCUUCAUUUAGACGCAGCGACCGAUAUUAGACCAGAAAAAUACUUAACACUUUAUCUAAACCGUCGAUAACCCAAACCGUAAAGUUUUUAGUUGGUACGAACACCGUAGAAAAUCGACCUGCGAAAUCGAAGUGGGCUUUAUAAAAACCGAGGUUUAAUACCUUAAUUUAAUUCCAUACAAAAGGUUACAUUUUUCUUCCGUUCCACUUACACCUAAACGUAACAUGAUCAGUGACACAUCUGUCGUCUCUUUCGUACUAAUAUGUUUACCUGUUAGUGCGUAAGAGACGAGUGUAUAAACGGGCAAUCUACCCGGCGCUCCCCAUUUGUCCGGCCAAGUAGUUAAUGCCAUCUGCGGCAAAUCUACAAUAAGUAAUGUCAAAAAAAGGUUCAACCCCGCUCUCUCUUAGGCGAUUCUCACACAGCCCCGCAUGAUGCCACGUAGCGCGUGGACGCGUGUUCUUCCGUUGCUUGUAAGUAUCUCCGUUUGUAUAGAAAACACGCACGGUCUAACACACAGAAAAUGCAUCCGCAUGAACGCGCGUGGAUGGAGGUACUGCAAACAGAUAACUCUACGAUAGCUCUAUUGCUUCUGAAAUUCCAUAGUCACUUUAUGGGAAAUAUGUAUCAUUAUUUUUCGUAAGAUACUGCAUACAAAAGUAUUUUUUGAUAAAUAGCCGGUCGUAUACUAAAGUUUUCAACUUUCCUGUGAUAAGGAGGGAUCUCCUUGCAUGAUCGUCGAUAUUUAAUUUGUUGCUCUACAGAUUAUAAUACACAAGACGACCUUUUAAUAUACUAUCGCGGAGCUCCGUGGGUCAUAAAGUUUGCGGACGAGUGGAGUGCAAAGUUGAAGUAUGAAUUAUUUGCUGGCGGUUCGCGCUCACUUGGGCCUUCCAAUCUCCCUCUUCUAUUCCGUGGUUCGAAUCACAGCUCGGGCUGUAAAGAAUUUGAAUUCUUGUGUGGAUCGUAGAUAUUUGAUAUCACGUGGUUUCCAGGGUUUGAUGAUAAGCACGCCCUGUUACAAGAGGCUUAAACAUAGCUGGAUAUGUCACCUCUGCCUAUAGCCUCUGGCUUUCAGUUUACCCUUUACUUGUGUUAUUAUUUUAUAUACUUAGACAAUAAUAUAGGUACCUACAACAACAUACAGGAUACAACAUAUAGCACAUAUACAACAUAUAGGAUACAUCAACAUUUUAUUAGUUGCACAUUACAAAUUUACCCACGUUUAGACAUAAUCGUGACUUGUCUACCUAUUUGCCUACUUUUGACAUUAAAAUAACCUGUUGCAGUUCGUACUAAAAUUCUCGUAAAUCCGCAAUCAAAUCGAUUUAUUUGCCAUAAAUCAUAUUGAUCUUGUAAUUCUAAUAAAGAAGAUUGUUACUCAAGCUGCAGUAAACGGGGCAUAGAGCCUCGUUCCUUCUAGAUUACAUUUUGACAUGACUUAUUGUAGCAUUAACUACUUGAUCGGACAAAUGGCUCACCCAUUUUUGUGGAGCGUAAUGUGUCCCGGAGGCUUCGGGAAAUAUGGGUGGCCGUGGUCUUAGCUUGCUUAUUGGAGAAUCCAUUCACAUGAAAAGUGAAAUUACAAAGGAUACGUAAUUUACACGACAUAGGAGAAUGUUCUUCAUUUCAUACUAACGCUCACCAAGUCACUCCAUACAAAAAUCACAUUUUUACAUUCUUACUACCUUAUUCCUUAGCAGCUUACGACCAUUUAGGUAAGACUAAAGUAAGAACCAGAGGGGGUGAGGUCGGCGCCCGAUACAUUUGGUGCGGGGCGGAAAGUUACCAUUCUAUACGUAGUAUUACUCUGUUCUAUGCCUAAUCUGUACUAAGGACUGAGUAAAAACUUGCCUCCCACUCUAAUGUACACUUAAGGCUUGCUCAAUCAAGAUAUUGUAGAUGUAGACAAUGGAUUGAGAACUCGUGAGAUUUUAACAUACGUACGUAAUUAAUUAAUUUUAUUUAGCGGGAAAAUACCACCGACUCGGGAAUUCAAAAGAUUUUGAUAAAUUCAACCUUAAUUUUUAAGAUGUUGGAUUAUAAUCCCUUGGGAAAUGUCUUUUUCUUUAUUCAAGAGAAAUUAAUACGUGAUAAUACCCACAGAAAGUACCUACUUACUAAAAUGCCUACCUCAAUAGAGAUUAUGGGCGGGGAUUACGGUUUUUUAUGCAUUAUCUGUGGUUAUUGUGUCGUAAGUAUUGAUUGACAAUAAACAUAUCUGUUGUAUCUCUACAUUUGCGUAAAGCGAAAAUGUUCAAAAUUUUUGAAGGUAUUUUUAUCGACUUCUUAUAUCGGAAUCUCUUAGAGUAAGAUUAUUUUUAUCUACGAAUUUAUUUUUUAAGUGUUAAAUUAUUUAUAUGCCUAGGAACAUUUAUCCAUACUGUGCCUAAAUAAGAAUUUAAGAAAAUUAUUAAUUACAAUGUUGUAAAUAAUUUCCUAUCGAAUGGAAAACAGAUAUUUGUAGAAUAAGAAACUACUUAUUAAGUAUAAUAUUUUUUUAUAGUCACGACAAUAAAUAUUUUAUACGAAUAAU